UACCUUGACCAAGAAUAGAUUAUUCAUUUUUAACUUAAACAUUGUCAUUAUGGUGACAACAACUUACAGUAGUAGUUUUCUUGCACCGUAGCAAGUUUUUCCUGCCGUUGCCCUUCGGGAGCAACAACAGCAACAUCGGUGGCGGAAACCAAUCGUGAAGUACCGUAGCUACGUACAACUUCUGCCAUGAACUACUACUAGGCGCUACAGUAGUAGUCUUUCUCCGAACGUUACGUAGUGGAACUAGAACAACUUGCUUCCCGGUAAUCAGCCUAUUGCAAGAAUUCCGUCGAUGGCAUUUCUUGUGUUCUCUCCUUUUCAUCACCGAGGCAUCAAUGUGCAGGACGCAGCACUGCAAAGCGUACGGUGAUGCAUGCAAUGAUCAGUGAUAUGUUUAAGUCAUCUAAACUUGCUAUGAAUGAAAUAGAAACCGAAGAAAGGAUGGAUCAAAAUGGCGGCGGAAAUAGGAGAACCUCGCCACGAAAGGUUCUUGGCUGGGGAUGAUUCCUCCACGUCGUCCGCCAUUGACACUGCUGGCGCUGGUACUAGUGUUGAGCAGCACCCUUCGCUAUCCCAGUCGUUUUCUUUUCCGUCCCCAGUCGACCGGGAACGAAAACCGCCCCCUACAGAAUAUGAUUUCAACAUUUUGCAGUCGACGUCGUGUGACUCGUUUGUUUAUGAUUCGUAUUCAUCUUCGACAGCUGAUUUCGACAAUUUCGACCUAGACUUGCCAUAUCGAUGGUACAAGCGAGCGUGGUCCUUCAUCAUGUGUAUCACUGGUCUAUUUGAUAUCCUAGCAUACAUGGAACCCAACCUUCGACAUUGGUACAACGAUGGGUCGAUCUGCGUUCCUGCGAACUUCACGAAUACAUCCGAUUUUAUUGAAUUCGGUGACGGUGUGUCGAACCUUUUGGUAAAUCUGGAUACGGGACCGCCCAGCCCGUGGUAUUGCUCUCGCUACAUGACGUUCUUGAAUCGACUGCAUGACUAUAAUGUUGUCAUCGCAUUUGUAUUUUCCCUUCUGUGGUUCAAACAGUCACACACAAAGGCAAAAGAGGAAUACCACUACAAUGCCACCGUCAAGGAGGAUCGCAUUCAGCUAUUGUCUCCAACUACGAUCGAAACAAGAAGCAGUAGCAGCAACGAUUCAAACUCAAAUCAAAAGAGCAGAUGGAGUCAAGUAAAAUGUAUGAAAAUGUACAAUCCAAGCUUCGUGUACUAUCGUCGAAUUAUUUUGAGGAUGGCUUUGUUGCCGGUGGGAUUCUACAUAAUCCUCUUUCAGCUUAUCCGGGGCUUGAUGAACGGAAAGUGGCUUUACCGAGAACUAUUGAUUGAUCAACCCGCCAAUGAGACUGCUUAUCUCUUGCUCCAGGAUCCGAAGGAAUAUGUUACCAUCGAGGUUAGCAGAGCCCACGCAAAGAUGAGCACCAUUUUUGCCAUAUUCCUCUACUUGAAGUAUCAUUUUUUGUCGGUAACGGCAGUUGCAAAGGCAGAGCUCGACACCCACUACAUCCCUCAGUUGCGACGAAAACUAGUCAUCAGAGCGUUCCGGAAUCCAAGAAACUUCAUACGACAACUGAAAACGGUGUUAAAAUACGUUCGAUGGAUAAAAUAUAUCAUACCUCUUGUUGUUAAGCUCAAUAAACUACGAGGAAACACAAUGGCCGCCCUGAGAAAACGAAGGCAAUUUACUAAAGCAAAAAAGGAAGCCAAAAGACAAAGGCUGCUACAAAAAUCUAUUGUGAAAACGACGUCUCAAUUGGAAGACAGCGCAGCGAUCUUGAUUCAACGAGUCUGGCGGGCUUACCGAAAUUACAUGCAUCAUCGCGUUUUGAAGCAUUUUCAAAGCAACAAAAAACUCAAUGCAGCUAUGAAGAUACAGCUGGUUUUCCGAAGGGCAUCCCUUAGAGCUCAAAUUAAGUUGGCGAGAAAAAGAACAGAGCUUCAGAGACUUAUAUGGCUAAAUCAAAGAAAGAUCAAGAAACUCGAUGACGAUGAGCGAAGACGACUCUACGAAUUGCAAGAUGAAUUCAUGACUGAAGCCACGAACACCAUCAACAAAAGGCUCUUGAUGAGACCAAAUACAUGGUUUUCUGUCUCUUGGAAUUCCCUUUUCCUUUUUUGUAUUUUGGUGGAGAUUUCCCACAAUGCAUUGAGGCCAUGGUUAGAAAUUCCGAAAGGAGAACAAAUAAACAAUCAGAAAUAUAAGUCUAUGCGGAUGUUUUUCGCUGAGUCCUUGAUUCCCAUACCCAUUGAGGAAACGCCUGCCUGCAAAGAGUUCUUGAAGAAAAAGUCAGCAAUCCGUCGAUUAUUCUUUCGAAAGGACCAUUGUGAGCGACCAACAAGAAAGGAGGUGAUGAGCGCCUUUAUCGAUGAAAUCAUUGACCCAGAAUAUGAUCUUGAGCAACUUCGCGGUGAUACAAAUAAUACGUCCAAACCCGUGGUUCCUUGGCAAUGUAGCGAUCCUGUUUUGACCUGGAGAAACAAUUGGAGGACCAUUGUUCGUCUGGUCUUUUCUCCCAAUCCCAUCUCAGAGAGUCCAUCCUGCCAACAGCCAGAGAAGACAUUGGUCGAUAUCGUCAUUACACGUUUUCAUCAAAAGAUCGACAGACCAACCCCGUGGUACUGCACCAAGCCCUACUCGUCGAUUCAUGAUUUCUAUCGUUCGACGUGGAACUUUGUCAUCGAUCAAAUCCAGAUCGUCAUCUCAGUAAUAUGUUUUCUAGACGUCUUCGUGAAGUUCUUUACAGGUGAAAUUGAUCCCAAUACUGGGGAACUUCGGCCCAGGCCCUUUUUCCGGCGCUGGAUAUUUCCAGGCUUGCUGUUGCAGCUACUAGUCAACCCAGCAAUCGAAACUUUUUCGGUUGGAUUUUUUCGCUGCAUGGGUCUCGGGAUGGAGAUUGGACCGGUCCGGGUCUUUAGAUGGUGCAUAGCGGUUGCCGUCCCUAUUGCGUACGCCUCGAAAAAGAUCACGAUUGCUGCUUUGCAUGAAGCCGAAGCAGAAUACGAUCGGGAGCUCGCUCAGUACGGAAUGAUGUUUUCCGACUACUCAUAUUAAUGGAUUGAAUAGAAAUGAAAAGUAUAU